AUGACUUCAGAGAAACGCUUCGCCAUCAGCAGCGAUCCGACGAAGACUCCCUCCAGCGAGAGUCCUCAUGGUGCUUUCGAGCAGGAAGAUGCUUUUAAAGCAGGACUCUCAGACGAAAGAGCCAUUGCAUACGACGGUGGCAACGUGGACUCAGAUGCCGGAGCCUUCCCCAAGAUGUGCUGGAAACUCUUCGGCUCCCUCUCAGCCAUGUCCUUCCUCUGGGUCGGUUCCCAAAUCGGGCUCUUCCUCUUCGGCUCCUCCCUAGUCCCCAUAUACUCAGAAAUCGGCGGCGCCGACGGUAUCUUCCUCUGGAUAGUCAUCGGCUACCUGAUACCCAACUCCGCUCUAUGUCCCUUUGUCGGCGCUCUGUCAGAUAUGUUUGGACGUAAAUACGUGGCGGCCGUUGGUCAGAUUCUGCUAGUUGCUGGACCUGCUGUGGUUUCAAACUCUCAUUCCAUGACUCAAGCGAUUUUUGGCAUGGUCAUUUCGGGUUUGGGAGCGGGAUUGAAUGAGAUGAUCGCUUUGGCCGGGACGUCUGAAUUAGUUCCAAUCAAGAAGCGGCCCUUUUAUGUGAGUAUGGUUAUUUUCACGAUUAGCCCAUUCAUUCCGAGUCCCAUGUGGGCGCAGUUGAUUAUUAGGGCGAAGAAUUGGAGAUACGUUGGGUUUUUGGUUGGUGGGUACAAUCUCGUGGGAUUGUUCUUGGUCAUCUUCUGUUACUAUCCUCCUCCGAGACCUCAUCGUAAGCUGGCGAUGGAGAUUGUAAAGACGGUGGACUAUUGGGGUGGAAUUUUAAGUACGCUGGGGGUCACGCUGCUCAUGAUGGGUAUGCAGUGGGGUGCUUAUCAGUACGCCUGGAGUAGCGCUCACGUACUGGUCCCAUUUAUGCUCGGAAUUACAGUCAUUACUGCGUUCUUCGUCUGGGAGAUAAAGUAUGCCCCACAUCCUAUGAUUCCCAAGGCUGUAUUUUCGAAGGACAAGCGAUCGAUGAUUAUGAUCUUCCUUAUUACGUUCUUCAGUGGGGGGAACUUCUUCGUUAUGCUCAUAUUCUGGCCAACUCAAGUCUACAACGUAUAUGGCGAUGAUCCGAUCCAGAUCGGCAUUCGGACACUCCCAAUUGGAUCGGGAAUCAUCUUCGGUGCAGCUUUCAACUUGCUUUUAUUUGGCAUGUUCAAAGGCCGCACGACAUUCUUGAUGAUCUUCUGGACAUCGGUCAUGACAGUCUUCACAGCCUGUGUCUCGCUUGCCGAUCGCCACAACUUGAACCCUAUGAUCUAUGCUAUCUUGACCAUCGCGAAUGUGGGCGUGGGUGCAGUCAUCUUUCCUGCCUCGAUCAUGGCACAGAUAUACUGUCCUACAGAGUACAUCGGAACUAUCACAGCGAUCAGCUUGGCAAUACGCUACAUUGGAGGCGCUGUCGGUUUCACUGCCUACUACAACGUCUUCUACCACAAGCUUACAGAAGAAUACGCCAUUCCCGCAGGCCUCAAGAUUGUUCUUGCGGGCAUUACAGAGGACUACGACACUCUUUACGACCUCAUUACCUACGCUGCACAAGCUCAGUACCAUGCUCUGAGGGACUUAAUCGAAACCAGUCCGUCGGUCACCAUGAAAGGACAAGCAGUCUACGACGAUAUCAUUUUUCAUGUGCAGGAAGCUUUCGUCCUUGCUUAUAGAUGGCCAUAUUGGAUUAGUGUGGCUUUCGGUGGGGCAUGCGUCGUAUGCGCUCUGGGACUGAGAGACAUUAGGCGGGUGAUGUAA